AUGUCGCUCCACUCGCACCAGGACCACUUCGGCCCUUCCGCCGUCCAGCAGCAGCAGCAGCAGCCGCAGCCGCAGCCCUUUGCCCCUCCUCUCUCGAUCCACCUCAACAACUCGCCGUCCGGCGCCGCCUCGCCCAGCAGCACCCUGUCGUUCGCCCCUCCUCCCUCGUUCGCUCCCCCCUCGCAGCACCAGCACCCGCUGUCGGGCCAGCGUCACGGCCACGCCGGCGUCGGCCACGACCGCCCGAUUAGCGACACGUCCGACUCGGACGCCGGCUCGUCGAGCGGCAGCGACAGCGACUCGGACGAUGACGCGCCCGUCCCGUACGCCGCGCACGCCCACCUCCAGGGCGUCGUGCAGGACCACUUUACGCCCGCCACGUCGGCCCACCACUCGGACCACGAGAAGGCCCCCUCGCCGCCCGGCGGUGGCCCGCUCCUGUACGGCAUCGCGCCGCCCCAGGUCGGCGGCAGCACGGCGACGACCAACGGCAUGUCGUUCUACCCGAGCGCCGCGUCGGGUGCCGGCGAGGCGUACGACCCGGGCGCGCCCUACAUCCCGUUCCUGCGCCCGUCGUCGCUCUCGUCGGCCUCGUCGCGCUCGCUGUCGGCCGGCACGCGUGCGCCCUCGUCGUCGUCGCACCACGCGCACUACGUCGACGCCAUGGGCGGCCUCGUGCCCGGCCAGUCGAUCGCGUACCGCGACGACGAGCCGCCCGAGCUCCCGUACGCGAGCGACGACGCGCCGACGGCGACUUUGGCCGCCGCCCCAAGGGCUCGGCCGCCGGUGCAGCCCUCGGCGGCGGCGCUCGCGGCGGCCCAAGCGGGGCAGGCCGUCGCCGGCCUCGGCGCACUCGGGCUCCAGGCGCAGGCGCAGGCGCUCGGGUUCGUGCCGCCGCGCCCGCCGCCCGGGCACGCGCACGCGUACGCGCAGCAGGGGCAGCGCAGCGCGUCGGCGAGCAGCAGCGCGGCGGCGGGUCCGUCGGGCAGCGGCGCCGGCGGCGCAAGCGGGAGCAGGAAGCGCCACUCGCCCGGCGCCGACGCCGUCCCGAGCGCCGUGUCUGGGCCUGGGGCGUCGAUCGACCCGUUGACGGGCUACCCGAGGCGGCAGACCGAGAUCCCGGCCGUCGAGGACGACCCGAGCAUCAAGCCGUACGGGUGCAACUGGUGCCGCCUCGACCGCGCCGAGGCGCGCAAGGGCAAGCGGCGCGCCGUCGCCGCCGACGACGAGCAGGCCGACGACGAGGACGAGGACGUCGGCGCCGACGAGACGAGCUGGAGGACGAUCAAGGAGCUGAGGGAGCACGCGCAGCGGGCGCACAAGGAGCGCGCCGCCAAGGCCAAGCAGGACGACGACGAGGCCGUCAUGAUGGAGAUGCCCUUCUGCUGCGCCCUCGACCCUUGCGGCAAGACCUUCAAGUCGCUCGCCGGUCUGCGCUUCCACUUCCAGAACGCGUCCGCCAACGGCCACUUCUUCGUCCAGCUCGAGCGCGACGCGGCGACGGGCGAGGAGCGCGCGACCAAAAAGUUCAAGCAGGAGGUCAAGCCGAGCGGGAGGGAGCUCAAGUGCCCUGUCGGGCGGUGUCCCAAGCGGUUCAAGCAGAGCGCAGGCCUCGCGUACCACCUCUCGCACACGCCCAACCACCCCAUCACCGAGGCGAUGCUCGCGACGUUCGAGCCGACGCUCCAGAGCAAGACGCGUUGGUGGUUCGGCCGCCUCAACAAGCCGUUCGACACGUGACCGCCCUCGCACCGUCCCCUCGCCCUCGCCUCGCCCGCCACGCCGCACCCACGCCCGCUUAAUCUGUGUACCCUGUAGUCUCUCCCCACCCCCGUGCCCUCACUCGUUCUACCCCCUCCCUGUCUGUACUACCCUCGCCGCACCUCGCAAGAAAACGAAGCGCCCGACUGCGCGCGGUUUACUCGCUUU